GCGAUCAGUCGCGUUUCCUACGUGUAUGGGGGAUCGUUUAAGUCGCUGCACCAUGCGGAAACAAGACAACCUCUAGGUAGGACCGAAAUUUCUUUCUAGAUUCUGGAGAGGAUGGUUGGAGUUCUAAAACAUCAGGAUGAAGAAAUGUAAACGUAAAGAACUUGAAAGUUGUCUUCAGCAAGUUGAUGGUUUUGAGGAUCCAAAACUGCUACUUGAACAAUAUCCAACGAGGCCACAUAUAGCAGCAUGUAUGCUUUACACAAUUCACAAUACGUUUGAUGAUAUUGAAAACAAGAUUGUUGCAGAUCUUGGUUGCGGUUGUGGUGUACUGAGCAUUGGCAGUGCCAUGCUGGGAGCAGGGUUGUGUAUAGGCUUUGAUGUCGAUGCUGAUGCCCUGGAAGUAUUUAACAGAAACGCUGAAGAGUUUGAGCUCACAAAUAUUGACAUGCAUAUUCAGAAGAAAGCUGAUGACUGGAAAGUGAAGAUGGAAGUCUUAGCAGAACUAAGGUAUGAUCUACCGGCAUCAUACAAAUUCCACAAAAAGAAAUCGGUAAGUAUUGAGGGGAUGUUAAUUUGUAUGAGGUGGACAUCGAAGUAG